AUGCAGAGCAUAUCUGAUCUCAAAGAGGCAAGCGUAAACGAGUUUACGUUUCUGUGCUUACUCCGAAAAGAUAACCAAAUGUUCCAGUUGAUCACACUAUUUCCACCACGAGACGCGCAGCGGGACAGCUACAGUAUCUUCGGAUCGAAAUUCGCUUCGUUCGUGCUUGAAGACGUGGAAGGGAAUGCUGUUAGCGAGAAAUCAAUCAAAAGCGUUGCAGCACUUCAUAGAUCCAUUAUGUCGUUGAAGACAAGUGACGGAGGGAAGGUAUUCUCCGAUGUCUGCCUUCGUUCUUCCGACGGCUGCACUCUGCAUCCACUUGCCUACGCUUUGGAAGAUGACGAGCCAGUUCUUUCUGCUCAGUUUCUUCUGCGUUAUCCGAUGCUGACCAUUGGCGACCUUCUCAUUGAUAACGCUUUAGUCUUCGGCGGAGUUGUGGUGAAUGAAUCGAAGAAAGACAACCACGGUAACGGACCAAUCGAGACGGCAAAAGCACUGCGUAUCUUCUACCUGUUAGAGCCAUCGAUUGAUGUGGAGAGGUUCGUAGACGCGCUUACGGAAACCGCAGCGUCAUUGUUCCUCACAUCGCUCACAGAUGGAUUGUCGUUCUCGAUCGGCAGUGUUUCGGACUUCUACGCUGUUCGCGUUUUCUGUACGUACUGCGCGAUGGCGAUUCUCUUCAUGUUCCUCUUUCAAAUCACUUUCUUCAACGCAGUGAUGGUGCUGUGUUGUCGAAGGGAGAUCGCCGGGCGACAUUCGCUUUUCUGCUACAGAGUCUCUCAGGCUGAAAAACAAGCGGAUGAUACCUGUGCGACUUCACUCUCGACGACUCUGGGUGAAAUACUUGCCCGAUUCGUGUCCACUAAGCUGGGGAAAAGUCUGAUUGUUGUCCUCUACUUCAUCUACUUAACAGCUUCAAUCAACUUUGCACUCGAGUUGCCAUUGGGACUCGAUUUAAAGCUGUUGACUCCGUCUGGCUCAUAUUUGGCGGAUUUUUUACGGGCUGAGGAACGGCUGUUCAAAGAGUACGGCCUUUAUUGUUUCGCUGUUGUUCGUCUUCAAAAUUGGCCGCUGAUCGAUCCCAACGAAAGAAGGAGGCUGUUGACAUUGUACGACGACCUCUCCAGUUCUCCGUAUGCAUCGAAGGGCGAGUUCUGGUUGGAGGAAUUCGAGAAGCUCCAUAAUGGUAAGGCGUUUACUAGCCACACCUUCAAUGCAGCUCUUCUUUCACUGUCAGCUCAGAAGCCUCAAUACAGAAGCGAUAUCAGAUUCAAUCCAGAUGGCGACAUCAAGGCCACAAAAAUGCUGAUGAGAGUCCGUUUACUAGGAACAGCUAACGAAAAGCCACGAGCUGAAGUACUACGAAAGACAAUGUCAGAGAGUGGAUUCAACGGUUUUGUCUACGAUACAAGGUUUAUUUUAUCGUUCUUGCUUGGAAUACAAAGCACAUAUUCGGAUCAU